AUUUAUUACUUCAAAACAGAUCAACAACAAUCUUCUGCUGCAAUGUAUAUCCUCAUACAUAAAAAAAGAUCAAUGCUAAAUUACAUAUACUAAAUAGGAAGAGAUAAGAGAAGUGUCACACCAACAAUCCAAAUUUUAUCACCAUCAAAUCAACAAUGACACACAACCAACAUCAAGGUGAUACAACUAUAACCACUCCUUUCAUGCCAAAUCAAGCAGGUGAUAAAGGAAAAAACAUUCCUUCUACCAGUAAAACUCAUCAGCAUGACAACAAUAUAAAAAAAAGUUCAACCAACACAGAGAAAAGUCAAUUGCAAAGCGCAUUGCAAAGAGUGGAUAAGUAUAUAUUAACAACCCAAACAAUAUCACAUGUCGAAGAUGAACAUCCACGUUUGAAAAAGCAGCGUAAAAUCAAUUGGCUAUUUAGAGCAUUAUCUCAAGAGUCUGAAGUUAGAGGUACAUCGGAAAACCCUAUUCAUAUCUUACAUAACUUGAACGUUCAAUAAUAUCAAAUUACAUUUCUAACAUAUCUCUAAAAAUAUUUCUAUAUAUAGGAAUUGUUGCUUAUAACUUAUCUUUAUCAUAUCUGCACGUGCUGAAAGCCGUCCCAGAAUGUAUUUAUUGUGCUGCAAAAAGAUUGGAACAUGAACCUCCAGCAUUCUGUUGUGCAAGCGGAUAUAUCAAAUUGGCAAACACUGAAGCACCAACAGAACUAUAUGAAAUGUUUGUGGCAUCUACUCCAGACGCGGUAGAGUUUCGCAAAAAUAUUCGUGCAUAUAAUAGUAUCUUUGCUUUUACAUCUUUUGGUGUUAACCUGGAUAAGGAACUAGCAUCUGCAAAAAAAGGAGUAUACACAUUCAGGGCACAAGGUCAAAUUUAUCAUGAUCUACCAUCGUUGCUACCACGUGAUAACAAUCCAUGUUACUUCCAACUAUACUUCUUUGAUACAGACAACGAAUUGACGAACAGGCUAUCGAAGGUGAAUGAAGGAAUUCUUUCAGACCAUAUUGCAACAAAAAUCAAACAGGUAAUGGAGAGUAACCCAUAUGCACAAAUAUUUUGCCAAUUAAAAAACCAAACAAGUUUCCACAAUUUACAACUUCGUAUUGCUGCAAAUGCCUCUUUGGAUCAACGAGUGUACAACAGACCCUCGGUAAGUCAAGUAGCAGCAAUUUGGAUCGAUGGAAACAAUCCAAAUAUACCUUUUGAUCGAGAAAUAAUUGUUCAUGAGCACUCAGGGUACAAACAUAGAGUAAAACACUAUUUUGGUUGUUAUGACCCUCUUCAAUAUCCUUUGUUAUUCCCAAGAGGUGAAGGUGGAUGGCAUCAAGGAAUAAGAAAACAGAGCAAAAGACUGCCUCACAGAAGAAGUGCUCACUCACCACCUAUACUCAAUGAUAUUCCAACAUUCAUAUCAGCUGAUGCAAUAUUAGCCAACGAGGAUCAAGAAGUCCGCCGUGAGACAAAGGGAAAUGUUUCUUGCAGAGAGUACUAUUGUUAUAAGCUACAACUACGAGAAACAGAGAGGUCAGUAUUACUACUAUGUGGAAGAUUACUACAACAAUUUGUGGUUGACAUGUACAUAAAAUUGGAAACCACAAGGCUAGAAUAUUUCAGAAAGGAACAAUCAAAUUUUAGAAGAGAGGUUUAUCAAGGUAUUGUUGAUAGUGUCAGCUCGGGAGAAUGCAGGGGAGACAGAAUUGGGCAAAGAAUACUACUUCCAUCAUCUUUUAUUGGGGGGCCACGAGAUAUGAAAAAACGCUAUAUGGAUGCAAUGGCUUUGGUACAGCAUUUUGGUAGACCAGAUCUGUUUAUAACAAUGACGUGCAAUCCUGACUGGAUUGAAAUCCAACAAGAAUUGCGCCCCGGACAAACUCCUCAAGAUAGACCUGACUUGGUAACAAGAGUAUUCAGAGCUAAGUUGCAGGAUCUAAAAGAACAAAUUUUCAAGAAAGAAAUAUUUGGAAUUGUUGUUGCUCAUGUAUUCGUGGUAGAAUUUCAAAAACGAGGACUACCACACAUACACCUACUUCUCAUAUUAAAAGAAGGACACAAGAUCAAAUCAGGAGAUCAGUACGAUAGGUUUAUCUCAGCAGAGAUUCCAGAUAAAUAUGAGUAUCCUAUAUUGCAUAAAUUAGUGCUCAAACAUAUGAUGCAUGGUCCAUGUGGAAACAAACGUCCAACAAACACAUGCAUGCAAAAUGGACAGUGUAAAUAUCAUUAUCCAAGGCCAUACAACAACAAAUCAAUCCAAGCAAAGGAUGGAUAUCCAAUUUAUAAAAGAAGAAUGGAUGGAAGAAUAGAGAUUGUUCGUGGAAUGCAUAUGACAAAUCAAUGGGUAGUACCUUAUAGCCCUUAUCUGCUUACAAGAUACAAUUGUCACAUUAAUGUUGAGGUUUGCUCAGGAGUCAAAGCAAUAAAGUAUCUAUACAAGUAUAUAUAUAAAGGACAUGAUCGGUGUGCAGUUUAUGUUCAGUCUGAUGAUGGUGAAAAUGUUAUUGACGAAAUACAAACAUUUCAAGAUGCGCGAUGGGUCUCACCGCCUGAAGCACUAUGGAGAAUAUAUGAAUUCAACUUGACUGAAAUGCAACCUGCAGUCAUCAACCUUCAACUACAUUUGCCAGAAAAACAUUCAGUGUUUUACUGGAAAAAUCAAAAUUUAAAAAAUCUCAUCGCCUGGGAUGGUGUCAAGCAAACAAUGUUGACCGAAUAUUUCAGAAUGUGCUCAAUUGACUCUGAAGCAAAAACAUAUCUUUAUAGAGAAUUUCCAAAGUAUUAUGUUUGGAAUUCAAAGGUAAAGACUUGGACAAAAAGGAAAACAAGAUCUGUAAUUGGUCGCAUUGCAAUCGCUAAUCCUCGAGAAGGGGAAAGAUAUUAUGAGCGGUUGUUACUAAACCAUGUAAGGGGACCAUUGUCAUUCAACGACCUACUCACGGUCAAUGGCAAGCAAUGUCAAACCUUCAAAGAAGCAGCCAAAGAAAGAGGGUUACUUGAGUCUGACAACAGUAUAUCAGAAUGUAUGAGAGAGGCUGUUGUUUUCAAAAUGCCAUUCGCUCUUAGAAGUUUGUUUGCUACAAUUUUGGUUCAUUGUAACCCAACGGAUAUUAGAAAACUCUGGGAUACUUAUUAUGAGGAUAUGUCAGAGGACUUCAGCAGGCUAUAUGGCAACUCACACAAUACUAUACUACAGUCUACUCUGAAUAGUAUUAAUAAUUGCUUGCAGAGUAUGGGCAAAAGCAUAGACAUAUAUGACAUUCCUCAACUAGAUCACAAUUUCCUCGAAGUUGGUUCAUCAGAAUGUAGAGAAAUAAAUGAAGAAAUGUCCGUGCAAAUACCACCAGAAGAUAUUGAUGCACAGUCACAAUUAAAUCCAGAACAACAUCAUGCUUUUACAAAAAUAAUGCAAACAAUCAAUGCUGGAACAACUGCAAUAUUCUUUGUGGAUGGACCCGGGGGAACUGGAAAAACAUACCUAUAUCGUGCAUUACUUGCUAAUGUUAGAUCAAGAGGUAUGAUAGGUUUGGCAACAGCAACCAGUGGUGUAGCUGCUUCAAUCUUACCAGGAGGACGUACAGCACACUCAAGGUUUGAGAUCCCUCUUCAAACAAGUGAAUCAACUAUGACAAACAUGUCAAAGCAAAGUGGUGUUGCCAAAUUGAUUAGAAAAGCAAAAGUGAUUAUAUGGGAUGAAGCACCAAUGGCCAAACGACAAACAAUAGAAACAGUCGAUAGGAGCUUCAGAGACAUAAUGGACAUCGAUAAACCAUUCGGCGGAAAAGUCAUGGUUUUUGGAGGAGAUUUUCGGCAGGUGUUACCAGUAGUUCCAAAAUCAACUCGAGCAGAAAUUGUAAAUGCAAGCUUGGUCAAAUCAUAUCUCUGGCCUUUGAUGGAGAAGAUUCAAUUUACUAGAAAUAUGAGAGCAAGAACAGAUCCAACAUUUAGUGAGUUCUUACUUCGAGUGGGUAACGGUGAUGAACCAACAAUAAGAGAAAAUUUAAUCCUCCUCCCAGAACAAUUAACAAUCAAACAUUCCAAGGAUGAAAUUCCAGAAGAAUCCAUAAUAAAAGAGAUAUUUCAAAACCUGCAAGAAAAUGCUGCAACAACAAAAUAUGUCACUGAAAGAGCUAUUUUAGCAAGCAGAAAUGACCAUGUGGAUAAAAUUAACAACAAGUUAAUAUCUCAAUUCCCAGGUGAAAGCAAGAUAUUCAAUAGCUUUGACUCAGCAGAAGAUGACACCAACAACUAUUACCAAGAAGAAUAUCUAAAUACUUUAACACCAAAUGGUCUCCCACCACAUAGGUUAGAAUUGAAGGAAAAUGCACCUAUCAUGUUGCUAAGGAAUUUGGACCCUUCAAGUGGCUUAUGCAACGGCACACGAAUGAUAUGUCGAGGUUUCUCUCAAAAUGUCCUGCAUGCAGAAAUAUCAAGUGGUCAUUCUGCAACAAAACAUGUGUUUCUUCCAAGAAUACAACUAUCACCACCAGAAAAUGAAGGAUAUCCAUUUAAAUUCAUUCGAAAGCAAUUCCCCAUACGCCUUUGUUUUGCAAUGACUAUAAAUAAAGCUCAAGGUCAAACAAUUCACAAUGUUGGUUUGUAUUUGCCCCAACAUGUUUUCUCACAUGGUCAAUUGUACGUGGCGCUAUCAAGAGGGAUAUCUAUGUCCACAACAAAAGUAUUUGUCCUAACAGAGCAACCCAAAUGUCAAAAUGGAACGUACACAAAGAACAUCGUCUAUAAGGAAGUUUAG